AUGCCUCCUAAGCGUCGCCCUCCUCCAAAGUUAAAGUAUUUCAAAUCUUCGAAGUUAACGCAACCCAAUUUGGACAACUCUGUCUCGCAAACUGCGGCAUCGACCACAGCCAACGCCGCUGCGGCCCACAAUGACCUAUCUCUUGACUUCGCUUCUGCAAAGGAUGAUCGCACUGCACCUACCAACCAAUUGAUCUUUCAAGCUCAAGGUCCACUUCUUGCAAGCGUCAACCAAGAGGGUGGAGCUGAAAUUGACCACGAACAAGUAAUGCGCCAUCGUAAGAUGAUAUCAGGACAGGCCCUUGACAUCAUUAAAAAUACCUCCAGCUAUGGCACAAGCGAAGCCAAUUAUGCGAGGACAUAUAAGAAGAGACCAGCUGAAAAGACAAAGUCGGAGAAAGAUGAAACAGGCUCUAAACCUGCUCGUAAGAAGAGAUAUAAUACUGCUAAGAGAAGAGCCGCCAAGUUUGAUUUCCCCACCGAAAUCAUCCGUCUCAUCUUCCGAUCUCUCAUCCCCGAGCACCAAACCUUCGAAAGCGACUUCUGCACCGCCGUCUGCUUUGCCCUAACCUGUAAACCCCACUGGAAAAUCUUCCGCUCAAUCCACAGUGCCAAAGUCUCUCUGCUCGUUCAAGCCCCUAAAACAUACAACCCCAAAAAAUUCGACUGCCCCUACAGACUCGGCGACCUCCUGAUCAAGUGGAUGCUUCCCACAUACCGUCCUCUACCCUUUGAUAUGAGGCUGGAAGACACAAUGGAAAUCGUUUCCACCGUGGGCAUUGAUAUGUUUGUCAGUAUUGCCGAAUAUCCCGAUGUAGGAGGCGAGAAAGAUAAAAGACUCGCAACACGAAGAGCGGGGUAUCAACGAAACUUCUUCCAGGAAUUCUAUUGCAUCUAUCAUAAUAUUCAUUCGCACGGUCGUGGAAGUUUUGGAAGUCCUGCAGGUCUGAAUUGGUUUGUUCCGAAUCCGUUCAGGAUGGGCGCGGAAUGGUAUCCUGCCACCGUUCGCUUUCUCAAACAUACCAUUUUUAAGUGGAAGUCUGAUUGUCAUAUGGAUAGAGAAUACCAUUGGCUUAAUGACAAGGAGGAAUACAGCCGUCAUUAUCGUGUCUGGUUGACUUAUAAAACUUGGAUGUUGAGAAAUUGGGUCGAGGCGCAACCGGAAGCAAUGGCAUAUAAGAGAUCGCGUGGCUUGGGCGAAGACAAGAAUAGAGUGGGUAUGAGAGAUGGUUUUGAGAUGUUGAAGUUGGUUGAUGUGCAAACAAAGGAGCAUAAGGUCAAGGUUAGGGAGGUGGUUGAUGCGAUGUUGAAGUUGGUUAAGGGCCGGCCUUUUUACGGAGAAUAUUGA